AUCGAUCCAGUGAUGGCGGAAAACCACUUACGGUACCAGCUAUUACUGCUAGGUGGCGCUUCCCCGCGGCUCAUUUUAUCCAAAAUGGCUGCGUCCAUGUGACAAAAACAAAUUUCGGCACGAAGCUAGUACAGGAAUCCUCCACGUUUAGCUCUGAAAGAGAAAGGCGAGCUAACAUGACAGCAAUGGAAGAAUUACACGAGCAGAAACAAGAGGUGGAAGAAACAGAAGAGGUUCCCAGUGACAGCGAUGAUGAGGCACCAGAAGAUGUGUCCUUCACCAAAAGUCGGCAGGUGGCGCUGCAGGCCAUGAAAGAGGCCAUCAAGGAAACCAAGAAGUCGGAAGACGCAGCCAAGGAGAAAAGGAAGAAGAAGGAUGAACUCUUCAAGCAGCAGAAGAAGCAGAAGAUCCAGCCUCUGCCCCUUGAUGUGCUGAAGGAGGUAGAAGCAGCCAGAACAAGAGAGCUUGAGAUGAAGACACAGUUGAAGCAGCAGAAGUUGGAGACAAAGGCAAGCCAAGCUGUGAAGAGAAGAAAAAACAAACCUGCCAGAGCAGUAGGAGAAGGGUAUGAGGCAGUAGUGCUGGAUGAGGAGGUGCAGAAAACCAGACCCAAGUCAGAGACAGCUGCACAGUUCUUACAGAACCAGCUGUACGGAACCAGGAUCCGGAGAGAACCGGUCGGGACCAGUCUGGCAGCACAGAACAAACACAACCACAAACCUGCAGUACACUUCACAGUCCAAGAAGAGAAGGAACAGAAAAAGACCAAUAAGAAGAAGAAAAAGGACUCCCAAUACUGGAUGAAGAAAAGACAGUUUAAGAAGGAAAGAAGAGUGAAGGAAGCCAUAGAAAGAAAGCUUCUCCUUAAGAUGGAGAAAAGGGCCCAGAGAAAGAAGUUAAGAGGUCCUGCAGAUGGCAUUGACCCACUGAAAGAACUUUAAUAUCAUCAAAGAGGGUCAAUACAUAGCUUCAUACCAUUUACUGAUAAUUAAUGUACAACUUGAUAUCAAUUUCUCUGUACAUCUUUCACUGUUUUCAAUAUAAAGUUCAUCAUGUCCAUGAACUGCUCAAUAUGGAUUGCUAUAGGAUAUAAAAUAUUGUAAAUCCUGAAUUUAUAACCAUAUCCAAAAAUUGCAACCUCCUGUGUAUUUACAAUUGUCAACA